AUGGGCUCCUCACAUUCUUCGCCUUCGGACUCUACUCCCGAGAAAGAUGGAUGUGUGAGCAAGGUUAUGGAGUCAGGGCCGCUUUUGCAAUCGCAAGAUAUUUCAGCCUCGACUUCACCGUCCAAGUCCUUUUUUCGUGUUGAAGAUGUUCCGCCAGAUGCAAUGGACUUGCAACCUUCGCCGCUCCAGUUACAUUCUCCACUCGAGGUUUCGCCACCAAAGUCGAUUUUGGUCCUGGAUGAUACUCCAGAAAUUACAGCUUACUCGCCAUCUUCGGCUUUUAUUGCGGAGCGGGCAGUUGAGAAUGGUUAUGUGAAGCCGGAAACUUUGGAAUUGCCGCCACCACCUUUGCCAGAGCCAGACUCACACACCAUUCUCGAUGGACAGGAGGAAUCCGGAGUCAAUAUAUCAAUACCGCCACCGGAAGAUGCACUAUCGGAAGAAAUAUCAGAAGAGAAUGAUUCUGAGAGAAAGAGUCCGGGACCACCAUCACCGCAGCCAGAUUCGAUGCCAGAUGCGAAAGGCACAGAGCAUCAUAUCCCGCAACAAGCGCCUGCACCCCAACCCUUACCACCCAUUCUAACGCCAGUGUCAGCCUUGCUACCUGAUUAUUCUACGCAAGAAGACACAACAGCACCGACCGAUACGCCACCAGCACCUGUGGAGCAGCCAGUUGCGGAAGACGUUGGAGAUGGAUCCUCCACCAUCUCUACAAACAACGAACACGAAGACAGAGAGUCUAUCUUCGAUGAGGACUACCACUCUGACACCUCCAACUAUACCGCAUCCUUACUGUCGGAUGUCAAGAACUAUGCGUACGAGAAUGGACGGCGCUACCAUUCAUAUCGAGAAGGCCACUAUGUCCUCCCCAACGACGAGCAAGAGCAAGACCGACAGGACUUGCUCCACCACGUCCGCAACCUGGUCCUAAACGGCGCACUCUUCUGCGCACCACUUGGCGAGCACGUCCAACGAGUACUAGACAUUGGCACCGGCACAGGGAUCUGGGCGAUUGACUUUGCAGACAGCUUCCCCAGCGCCGAAGUAAUCGGGACGGAUCUGAGCCCCAUCCAGCCGUCUUGGGUACCACCCAAUCUCCGGUUCCUGGUGGAUGACGCCGAAUCACAGUGGCUCUUCAGCGCAACCCGGCCUUUCGAUUUCAUCCAUGCUCGCGAUCUAGGCGGCGCCAUCGCCGACUGGCCGCGGCUGCUGCGGCAGGCCCGCGAACACCUGCGGCCUGGGGGCUGGGUGGAAUUGCAGGAGUUUGAGGUGACGCUCAAAUCUGACGACGAGUCGAUGCGUCUCGCGCCGACGUUGUGCGAGUUCCUUGGCAGGCUGCAUCAGGCCAGCGAGGCGUUCCACCGGCCCAUGAAUAUUGCCGAGGGGCACCGGCAGCGGCUGAUCGAGGCCGGUUUUGAAGAGGUCAGAGACGAGAUGUACAAGGUGCGACCUGCCGAGAUUGGUAUCUGUUUGUCCCCUGCGCUGACAGAGAGUUCCCUAGGUCCCUAG